GAGCAAAUACAGAAACAAUCUCCAGACAUGUUCUGCAGAUAUUUUUCCUUUUUCGGUCUGUGUCUUUUCCUUUCAACCCAAAGGAGCUCUCUGGGUCAUGGAUCCAGCUUGCAUGGCAGGGACACGAUGUUCGUCACUGGAUUUGAGAACCUCACCAUGGGGUACAACAAAUACCUCCGGCCCUACUUUGGUGGAGAACCUGUACAGAUUGCAAUGAGUUUGGACAUUGCAAGUAUUUCUAGUAUACCUGAGAGUGACAUGGAUUACACAGCCACCAUCUCCCUGCGGCAGCGCUGGACAGACCCUCGGCUGGUCUUCCAUGGCAACAAGAGCUUCACACUGGAUGCUCGCCUGGUGGACUUGCUCUGGGUGCCAGACACCUACAUUGUGGAGUUGAAAAGGUCCUUCCUGCACGACGUCACCGUGGGCAACUGCCUCGUCAGGCUGUUCUCUAAUGGCACUGUCUUGUAUGCCUUAAGAAUCACUACUACUGUUGCCUGUAACAUGGACCUGUCAAAAUACCCUAUGGACACCCAAACAUGCUGACUGCAGCUAGAAAGCUGGGGCUACGAUGAGAAUGAUGUCACCUUCACCUGGCUGUGGGGAAACAGCUCCGUGCAUGGCAUGGAGAAGCUGCGGCUCUCCCAGUACACGGUGGAGCGCUACCACACCCUGGUCUCCAGGUCACAGCAGGAGACAGGCAGUUACCCACGACUGAUAUUACAGUUUGAGCUGAGAAGAAACUUCCUUUACUUCAUUUUGGAGACCUAUGUGCCCUCCACUCUGCUUGUCAUGUUGUCCUGGGUUUCUUUUUGGAUCACACUGGACUCAGUGCCUGCAAGAACCUGCAUCGGAGUUACAGCAGUGCUUUCAAUGACAACUCUGAUGAUCGGCUCACGAAGUUCACUUUCAAAAACCAACUGUUUCAUUAAGGCCAUCGAUGUUUAUCUUGGCAUCUGCUUCAGCUUCAUCUUUGGUGCCCUGGUGGAGUAUGCAGUGGCUCACUACAGCUCCUCACAGAAGCAUGCAGCUAAGGCACCAGAAGAGGGGCCUGCAAAUGAACUGACUGAAGAAAUUGAAGAAGUUAACAUCACCAACAUCCUCAAAAAUUUUAUCACCAGCUAUAAACAAAAAGUCAACUUCACAAGCAUUGAGAUUUCCAGCAAUAAUGUUAACUGCAGUGACUUGACCAUGAAAAGUCAUGAGAAAAUCAAAUGUGUCUUGAGGAACAAAAUGCACAGGAUCAUUGGUUAUUUCACAAUUCAGAACCCUGGCAAUGUGGACCACUACUCCAAAUUGCUUUUCUCUUUGUUUUUCAUGGUGGUCAAUGUGUUUUACUGGGCUUAUUAUCUAUAUUUUUAGUAGAAAUUAGUUGCUUCAUUCUCCUACUUCAGCAGGAAAGCAAUUGUGCCAGUGGGCAUCCAGGUACCUAACCUCAGUGAAUUCAAUGUGGACAGAAAGCUUCCUUGUGUUUCCUGAGGUACCCAGCAGAAGUGUGUGAGGUGUGCUUGCAUCAGCAGCACUGACUCUGACAGCAGCUGUUCAGCUGAGUGGCUUGCUGGGCUCUUCUGCUCAUAGCUGCAUUUCAUUCCACACCUUACCUGUCUGGAGAUGGGUGUGCAGGACUGUGCUGGCGGCUGCAGAGCGCUACAGGUGGCAGAAUUAUUUUGGUAGCUUGGAGCAGGUUGGAACCUUCAAGAUGGGAUGUCCCAGAGGAUGAAUUAAGAUCAUGACUGUUAUUCUUUGUUUGCCAGAGAGAGCAGAGGGACUGUGAUUGCUGCCUCAAUACCUGCUCUGUUGCAGUGAGGGCCCUGAGGCAGCAGCAGGAGCUCAGUGCAGUGCAGCACAGUGGGAUGCUCCUGUGCAUGGUGCUGCUUUGUCCUGGAUGGUGCAGUGCCAGGAUGGUGAUUUGGUACUGCACAGUGGUGCCUGACCUCUUUUAAUCUGUAACGCAAUGAGAUAACCCUCACUCGCUGAAGUUCUCCAUUCCUGAGACAGAUGGAGGGUUGUUAUUUGUUGAGCUGCAUUUUUUCAGAGAUUUGGGAACAUGAAAUAGAGGCAGCAAAAUCAUUUUGUAACCCAUCUCUUAUACUCUUCCUGCUGUACUGCACGUGAACAGAUUCUACCACUUUCCAUGUCUUGCCUCACAAAUUAUUUUUUGUCCUGGAGAAUGUUUCCUUCAGCCUUCACUGCUACAAGCAGCUCUCACUCCUUGCCAGCCAUAGGCACAAAUAGCCAUUUGUCAUCCCCUCCUUUACGUGGCUGUGCAGCUGUGGCAAGUCAGCAGUGCUGCUGGGUGUAAAACAUGCAUGGGUUGGGGUAGGCUAGUCUAAAUCACCCUUUUGCUCUCACACUUUCACUUUUAGAUGGAAACACUGUUACUUUUUUGAGAAAGAUCACAUUCUAAGUGGACUCUGGAAACUACCUAAAGUCAGCUUUGUUUAUCCUGCAAUCAGCAGAAGCCAAAAUUUUCUUUUAAAGAUAAAUGAAAUGCAGCCACACAGUUUCAUUAAAGAACCAAAUGCUAUUUGUUACUGUGUAGCUUAAGAAUACUAGAAGUCUUUAUUUGCUGAUUGUAAAACAAACAUUUUAUGGCAGAUUCGUCCGCCUGGCGCCCUUUUUGGUCUGUGCUGCUUUUAUCACUGAGAGGGGGCAAUCCUGCAGUUAUGUGGGCAGAAUUGGAAUUGCCUGCAGCGGCUCCAUUCAGCAGAGUUGUGGCUGGGUGAGGCCUCUCAGGUUGUAGCUUAUGUUAGAGUCUCAGCAUGCAGUGCUUGCUUAGCUUAAGGAUCUCUUCUUGGGGGUUCCUAGAGAAGGUGAACAGAGCACGUGAAACUAUAAAUUUUUUACUUUAAUAACGUUUUAUUGAACCACUUUACAACACUGUAGUUUGAGGGAUCUAAUCCACAUAUUCAUAAAUCAUCACUUUAACAAAGAGCAGCACAAGCAGACAGAGUGGAACAGGCUGACAAUGGCAAGUGGAUAAACACAAACUCCAAUAAUGAAGUGUUGGCUUGUAUAUACUGGCAUUUGAAGUCCAUUCCAUAAAAUGUAAUAAAGUGAAUGUUUGUGAUAUGAACACAACCCCUCAGAGAGAUUCUCUACUAAAAAAAAAAAAUCAUUAUCUCUUCUCUGUAUUGGUUUCUUUGUUUAAAACCCAACUAAAAUGCCCUUAUGUGUUUUACACUA